AUGUACGGAAGCCGUGAGCGCACUACCGUAUCGCGCGAUGCAACGGCGCUUCCAACUCCAGCGCAGCCGCGACGCAUCUCGUGCAGAAAUAUGUGGCGUGCCACAUCACUCCCCUACCGAGACCGGUUCACGGACGAAACAUCGGAGCGGUCACAUCUAGUCACCUUCAGUUCAGGCCGAAGGCGCAGUGCUCGAGCGAGAACACGCGCCGCAGCUCAGACAGACACUCGCAACUUCGCGCUCGACAUGCCCACACAACUGCGGUGCCUACUCCUCCUGUGUGGGGCAGUAGCGGUUACGUCCACGCCAUCGCCAGGGCGGAUCCCAAAAGUGUACAAUGCUCUCAUAACAUCGAAUCAGAAUCUGGAACCUAGCAAAGCUUACCCCGUAUACCAGCCGGUGAUACAUGAUGCGACGUUCACAUUUCCACUUCAAUCACCUUUCUUCUACAAUGGCGAAUUGCCUUUAGGCAAUACCUUCAUCCCUGCACCAGCUUUUCUGCCUAAGGAGCCAGAUGCUAAACCAGAACCAGCACGUCCUGCUUCAUCUACCGAAGCCCCAGUGGCUGAAGAUGCGCCGUCAAUGGAACAACCAUCACAAACUCCUGGCCCGAGCACACCUGAGCCAGAAAGCGCAUCACCACAGGAACCGCCCACACCACCGAGCACAGAAUCGCCUAUACCACUCAACGAGUUCGGUCUACCACCACAAGUUUUACCCAUCAGUCGAACAUAUAACAGCAUUCCCAGUAUAGGACAUUUCACGUACUCAUACCCAUCAAUUAGAUUCUACGAUCCCUUCGAACCCUUCGGUUUUCACCCUUACGCCGGACUCCCUCCGUUGUACCAUCCCCUAACGAAUAUUUUAGGCCAAUAUGAUGCUCCACAAUUGGCGAAGCAGGAAGCGGCCCCCGCACCAGCUCCAACAAGUCAACCAACUUCUACUCCACCUCCUGAACCUAAUGACUUGAAUGUUCUAAACUACUCACCUAAGGAUCCCGAAAUCGCAAAUGUCCCACCACCUCCCUUACCUCAAGGCGGCCUCAAGCCUGAUAAGUCAGAA